AUGGGCUGCUCCAGCAGCGCCCUCAACAAGGCCGGCGACGGCAACAGGCUUCGCAGCGGUGAGACAGGAGAAAUGGUUGAAACAGAGAUGGAGAGUGAGAAAGUCAGUGAAGGGGCUGAAACAAAAGAAGAAGAAACAGGAGAAGCCAUGGAUCUUUCAGCAGCCACACAGAUAGAAUUGAAAGCUAGUCGGAACCUGGGAAAGUGUGUCAUUUAAUUAUCUCCUUACCUUAAGUCUAUCUACUACCACGGAUCCUUAAUGAUCAUGGUGUAUGAAAAAAGGUAAUAGAAUUCUUGUAAAAGGAAUACAGACUCUGGUGCUGUUAUAAAAUUAGGCAUUUUUCACAAUGAAAGGCUACACAUUUUUAAUGUGCCAUUUUGAAUCAUCUAGUGAUUUUAUAUGUAUGUGAGGUGUUUCAAUUGCUGUUAUUCCUUUAACUGACAUUAAAGGUAUUUUAAAUUGACUUUUAAAUGUAGUUCAGAGGCAACAAACAGCAAGAAUUAAAAACUAGAUUUGUUGCCUAUUUGGAGUCUAUUCCUUGGGCUCUAUUUUUUUUUUUAAGAUUACUUUGAUUUAAUAUUAGGCUUUAGAGGUGGGAAAGAGCUAAAAAAUCAAGAUUUUAAAACCAUUUAUAAUAUUUCAUUAAUGUUAAAAUGAUAUAUCAUAGAAAGUCACCUUUCAAGAAUUCCUCCAAAGUUGCCAAGGGAUUUUGGUAAAUUACUAUCUGUGAUUAUAUGUGAAUAAGAAUAAUGAUAGCAAUCUUUUUCACCAGUGAGUGCCUUGUGCUUAUAUCAGGAUAGAAUUAUAUUCUGGACACAUUUGGUAUCUUUAUCUUAUUUGUAAAUAUAUAGUUUAAGGAUAACUUCUCAGAUGAAUUAACUAGACUCUUUUACUUUAGCUUCUGUAUUAAACUAUGAAGAUGAUGUAAUUAAUUUUAAGAACGUAGAAUAGAGGGAAGAAUUAUCUUUACUCUGAUUUUAAUGUUUUUAUGUUCCUGACUUUAAAGAGUUGCAUUGAGGUAGGUAACGAGAGGAGUUACUUGAGUAGAUGACCUCAUCCUGUCUGCAAAAUAAAGAAGCUGGAUUGUGAUUUUAUUGAGAAGAAGGACUAUUUUAUGUGUCUUUGAAUUCAUGCGUUUUACUCUUUUAAUGGAAAAGAUGGGUGCUUUCAUGAAAAUGAUAGGUGCUUGGUAAGUAUUUGUCAAAUCAAUAAGUGAAUAACAAGCACCAAGGGUUCCCAUUUAUACUUACUUCAUUAAAAAAAAUAUUUAAAAUAUG